GCCACACCACAUCCCACCUAUUCCAUUCCUCUUCCUCCUCCUUCCCCACGACAACACACACCACACCCCUCGAGCUAGCGACCGCGCAACCGACCGACCCCAAUCGCCGAGCGAAACAACGGUCGAGCUUACGCCGAUGUCGGCCAACUCGGGCGAUUCCCCGGCCGUGUCCGGCCUCGACUACGACGACACCGCCCUCGACCUCACCCUCGCCCUCCCGGGCUCCGACCACGCGUCCCGCGUCGCCGCCGCCACCACGGAGCGCGCUCUGGCCGUGGGGUGGCCGCCGGUGCGCGCCUACCGGCGCAACGCGCUGCGCGAUGGCGAUGCCGGCGGGGCGUCCUGCAGGCUCGUGAAGGUGGCCGCGGACGGCGCGCCGUACCUGCGCAAGGUGGACCUCGCCGCGCACGGCGGCUACGCGGCCCUGCUGCGCGCGCUCCACGCCAUGUUCGCCAUCUGCGGCGCCGACGGCCAGGAGGAUGCCGGGAGCGGCAUCGGCAGUGGGAGGCUGGUGGACGCGGCCACGGGCGCCGAGUACGUGCCAACCUACGAGGACAGGGACGGCGACUGGAUGCUCGUCGGAGACGUCCCCUGGAGGAUGUUCGUGGAGUCGUGCAAGCGGAUCCGGCUCAUGAAGAGCUCCGAGGCCGACAACUUAGCUCCAAGGCCAUCGUCUCAAUGAUUCUGUCUGGGUUUGAUCCAAAACGUGUGCAAUGGAAGAGGCUUGGCUGAUCAGGUCCUCCAAUGUACCUAUACCGUAGGAUAUACAUAUACAAAUAUACAAGUGAGGUACUGUACAGGAAGUAUGGAACUUCCUCCUCCACCUAUCUCAGGUGCUCCUCGGUCGGAUCACCGCCGGUCCGCAUGGUUUUCCGACGGCGGCGGCGAGGAGGAUCCGGAGGCGCCGGCCAGUACACAUAACGAUAGCUCUUCUUAGUUUCUUCCACAUUUCGGUUUUCCAUUUGUGUAACGUAUACACGGUAUAUUCCGUACACGUUAAUAUAGCUACUGCCGGAUUGUUGUGCCUUGCAGCAUUUUAAGGCCACAAAAAAAAAUUGUACAAUCUGACAUUUCUGUCGCAACUUUUGGUAGCUGCCUCUGUUUGUGCCA